AUCUUGAGGUGGAGGGAGGUAAUUGGCCAGGUUAGCGAGCCGGUAGCUAACUAUUAGCUAACAUUAUCCAGCCAGCCCAGUUUGUAGACACGUCUACACACAGUCCACCGCUGCUGGAUACUAGACACAUGUUGAACUACUGUUUGAAGAAAUGCUUGCAACGAAUAAGGAUUUAACUGGCUUUCUCAUACAAACAAGUUGAGCAGGAGAACAGAAGGGGUCUCUUGACUGUGCUUGAAGGACAAAGACGUGGGGAGAAGACGAGGAGGCGGCAGCGAGGGCUGGUUUUGAGACACAAAAGAACACAGGACUUCAUAGCUCCCGGCCCAGCCAUGUUCGGCACAGAGUCCUCAUUAAGCAUGUUUCUCAACACCCUGACGCCUAAGUUUUAUGUGGCUCUGACGGGCACGUCCUCCCUCAUUUCAGGACUUAUACUGAUUUUUGAGUGGUGGUAUUUCAGGAAAUAUGGGACUUCCUUCAUAGAGCAGGUGUCUGUGAGCCACCUGCGCCCCCUGCUGGGCGGAGUGGACAGCAGCUCUCCCAGCAACUCCAACACCAGUAACGGGGAGGCCGACUCCAGUCGACAGAGUGUGUCAGAAUGUAAAGUAUGGAGAAAUCCACUGAAUUUAUUUCGAGGAGCAGAAUAUAAUCGGUAUACGUGGGUAACUGGUCGAGAGCCGCUGACAUACUAUGACAUGAACUUGUCAGCACAGGACCACCAGACCUUCUUUACCUGCGAGUCAGACCACCUGCGGCCUGCUGACGCUAUCAUGCAGAAGGCGUGGAGAGAGAGGAACCCACAGGCCCGCAUCUCUGCAGCACAUGAAGCUCUGGAGCUCGAAGAUUGUGCCACAGCGUACAUCCUCCUGGCAGAGGAGGAGGCCACCACCAUCAUGGAGGCUGAGCGUUUGUUUAAACAGGCACUAAAAGCUGGCGAGAGCUGCUACCGCCGCAGCCAACAGCUCCAGCAUCAUGGUACACAGUAUGAAGCCCAGCACAGAAGAGACACCAACGUGCUGGUAUAUAUAAAGAGGAGACUGGCCAUGUGCUCCAGAAAGCUUGGCCGAACACGAGAAGCAGUUAAAAUGAUGAGAGAUUUAAUGAAGGAGUUCCCUCUCCUCAGUAUGUUCAACAUCCACGAGAACCUACUGGAGUCGCUGCUGGAGCUCCAGAACUACGCCGACGUCCAGGCUGUUCUGGCCAAGUAUGAUGAUAUUAGCUUACCCAAAUCUGCAACAAUAUGCUACACAGCAGCGUUGCUUAAAGCCAGGGCGGUAUCGGACAAGUUCUCUCCAGAGGCAGCAUCCAGGCGAGGGCUGAGCACAGCAGAGAUGAACGCAGUAGAAGCCAUCCACAGAGCGGUGGAAUUCAACCCUCACGUCCCUAAAUAUCUGCUGGAGAUGAAGAGUCUGAUUCUUCCUCCAGAACACAUCCUGAAGCGAGGCGACAGCGAGGCCAUCGCCUACGCCUUCUUCCACCUGCAGCACUGGAAAAGGGUGGAGGGGGCACUCAACCUGCUGCACUGCACCUGGGAGGGCACAUUCAGAAUGAUCCCGUAUCCUCUAGAGAAGGGUCACCUGUUCUAUCCCUACCCCAUCUGCACAGAGACGGCCGACAGAGAGCUGCUACCCACAGUGUUUCACGAGGUGUCGGUCUACCCCAAGAAGGAGCUGCCCUUCUUCAUCCUCUUCACGGCCGGCCUCUGCUCCUUCACCGCCAUGCUGGCUCUGCUCACACACCAGUUCCCCGAACUCAUGGGAGUGUUUGCUAAAGCUUUUCUCAGCACACUGUUCGCUCCUCUGAACUUCAUCAUGGAGAAGGUGGAGAGCAUCCUGCCGUCCAGCCUCUGGCACCAACUGACCCGCAUCUGACCCCGACCGACCGGACCAGAAGACCAGAGCCAAGACCAGAAUUGGGAGGCGACCUCCAUCCGGAUAGAACCAGCUGAACUGAAAGCCAGAACACUAGACUGGACUGGACUGACACGCGUUUGUGCCAAGUUCAGACAAGCUGCCCGAGGACGACAGGAGGAAGCAUGGGACACACAGGAAGUAGAACAGCAGGAUCCAGAAUUGGUUUGGACUUUAUUUGAUAUGUCUGGGGGGUUUUCAAUCAUUUAAAAGCUGUUCUUUUGUUGUACAGAAACAGGUGAUCAGUUGCCAUCAUUAAAAAGUGAAAAGACAAAAAACACAAUAAAGGACUUUUUGUGUAUUGCUGCAA